AUGCCUGAUCUCAACUCCGUCCCGGCUUCACCGCAUCCUCUGAGUGCCUCGCGGCGCUCUUCCUCUCAACACAUGCCGCCUCCUCCACUUCCAGCACAGUCUUCCGACUCCUCUUCCCUCAAUAUCCUCCCCUCGAACCAGAACACGGUCAACCACCCGCCCUCCAACCCUAUCGUAGGAUCUCCGCCCAUGGCUCCGGUAGUAGCAGCGUCGCCUCCAGCCUUCCCAGAACCAUCCGUCUCUGGCCCGGGGCCCAUUCGUCACCCGCGACCCAUCACCGCGUCCGACCUUCAUAUGCAGUUGGAAAAGGAGCAAGAGGCAGUUGUGAACCGUCUGACACGAGAGCUCCAACUUCUCCGAACUGCCCAGAACGCCUCUGUGGCAUCCAACGCCUCCUCGACAUCCGCCUCCAACACGACCGAAGCACCCGACACCCACCUCCUCUCCGGCGCCGCCUUCUCUACCCCGGCCGUCCCGUCGAACAGCUCCCGCCGGCACCACCGCUCCGCUUCGAACGCUAGCACCCGAAGCCAGACGGCUGUUGCGGGUUCAGCUUCCGCGUCCACCACAUCGAUCCCCAUCGCUCGUCCCCCGAACCCCGGCCGCCAAGAUAGCGUGGCCUCCCGCCACAGCCUAUCCUCGUCGCCGGCGCCCUCACAGCAUUACCUGGAUCCGAGCAGCAGUAGCGGCCUGACAUACUUCCAGCAGCAGCGCCUGCCGCAGCAGCAUACCGGAGGCACCUCGGUCGCCGCUACCCCGGGCGGCAGCGAGUCGCAGCUGUCGCCCGGCCUGAUACCCACGACGUCGAGGUACGAGGAGACGGCGCUGCACCGACAAGAGCUGGAGAAUGCCAAGAAGGAGAACGAAGCGCUCAAGCAGAGGAUUCGUGAUCUGGAGAAGAUGGUCCGGGAGAAGAGCGCCGGGCGGGAACGGAGCGAGAGCACCAGCAGCGCCACGGCUGCAGCGGAUGCCACCAGCGUCGGCGUCAUCACCGGAGGGGCUGGCAUAGCCAGCGCCAGACGUCCGGGGGGCGAGAGGGAACGGUCUUUGACGGCGAUGAGCGUUGCCAGCAGUGUGGCUGUCGGCGUGCCUGAUGAGGAGCUACAGGUUGGAGAGAGUGCGGCGAGCGCUGGGGUGAACCCCUGA